GGCCACCCAGGUACGGACCAGACAGGGCUGGACGGUGAACAGCGAUGGACGUGACACUGAAGUGCUCCUUGGUCUGCAUUCUGAUGGCGGUGGCCGUUUGGCCGGUAGCUUCCCCAUUGACACCGCCGGCCGCGACACGGUUCGCUAACGGCUCCCACCUGUACGACUAUCUGUACGGCGGCGGUACGGCGGACGAACGGCACGGCGGUACGGCGGGAGGGGAGGACCCGUGGCAGCAGCUUGUGGAGCUGUUCUCCGCCGUGGCGUUCAACGGGGGACCUGGAGGUCGGACACAUCCCAGAGGUCACCGCAGCCGGCGACAAGCCUCGUCGUUCGAGACAGGAUUCUACAGUCACCCCGGACACCAAACAAAAGACGGAUUCUUCCAGUAUCAGGCCUUCGGAGAAGAAGCGGGGGAAGAAACGACAGAGGAAGAAAGCGAGAGUCUGCCCUUUUUCGGUGAAGUGGCAUUCGCGUUCCCUUUGGUGUUGCUUGAUAUCCCCUACUCGGGUAUUAAAAUCCCCAUGUUUGAUUAUGACUCACGGAAUUAUUAUGAUUGAGAGCCUGACUGCAAAGUGUGUUAGUCUUUUAGGCAUCCUAGAAAUAUAAUUUCAAAGCUAAUUGCCCACAUGCUUGUCAGAUUCUUAGCAAAGUGCCAAACAGAUGCAUCAGGAAUAUUGCUAGGCUGGCCGCCUUUGGAGCUGAACAAACAUGCCUAAAUGCUUUACACGUGAGCAAUUUGUCACAUUUGUGUGAGUCGUGACCGUUCUCACUGGCUGUACUGAGCUGUAGCGAUCUCGAUGCAAUAAAACAUUUGUGCUGUA